AUGCCGGGGGUGCCGGCGAGUUCCUCCCGCACCCGUGCUCAUCGACGCGCUCCCGGUGCUCGAGAUCUUGCCUCCUUCUCCGUCGGCAUCAACCGCGUCGACCUCACCAAGUGCCGCGAGCGCGGGAUUCGGGUCACCAACACCCCCGACGUCCUCACCGACGACGUCGCAGACCUCGCCGUCGGCCUCGCCAUCACCGUGUGCUCCGCAGGGUUCGUCGAAUCUGGAUUCUAUGUGACUGAAAGCUCAGACUUUGUUGAGGAGGUCUUGACCUUCUUAAUUAAUAGCCAGAAAUGUAGCUUCCUCGUCUGUAUAACUGAAGAUAAUAUCAUCAAAAUGUCGAGGUCCGAGAGGCUUCAGCGGUGGCGGGAGGAAAAGGAGGAAUCCAAUGAAGAUGAUGUCGUCUUCCUUGGUGCUAUGCUUGCGGCAUUGAAGAGGAAGAAGAACAAGAUCAUCUGUUUAAUGCAAUAA